AUGGCGUGGUUUCUUUUUUACCCAUUUGCUGUUCAAGCAUCAAAAGUCGUAUUUGCAUCUACAGUAUUCAUAAAUAUCUACUUGAUCUACCUGACAAUAGCUCGCACAAAACGGAUAACUGGAGCAUACAAGUACAUGAUAAUCAUAUUCUCAGCUGUGGGGAUUCUGUUCACUUUCAUGAAAGCCACGUUGCAUCCGUAUCUUCAUUCUCAUAACUCUGGACUCAUGUUCUUCAGUUUGGAGCCUGAUUGGGGCAGUUUUGAAGCGGUUGAAAUCGCGCUUAUGGUGUAUACCGGAGUUUACUCGGCAAUGAUUUCUUUGCUGGCUAUUCAGUUUGUUUUCAGAUAUUGGACGUUGUUCAAAUAUUCAAGAAAUUAUAUGAGAGAUAGUCUGUACGACACUUAUCAAAUGGAUGUGGAGAAAACAGUUGGAUUCUUUGUGGUAGUAAGAAGUGAGGACCAAUCAAUACGGUGGCAUAAUGUUGCGUUUAUAGCUGGACUUUUGCUAGAUCUAGUUAUUCAAUACGUGAUAGUUAUCUAUUGUGGAACUACAAUGAACCAGAAAAUGCACGAGAAACUUGCCAAUUUCUCAGUUGCAAAUCGCAAGUUACAAGAGCAAUUAUUCAAAACUCUUGUUCUUCAAAUAACGAUUCCAUCCAUUAUCUUCCAUCUUCCGUUUGUUCCAGUUCUCUGCGCGCCUCUGUUGAAUCUACAAUUCGAUUUUGAGUCUGGGAUGAUUUAUUGUCUGUUCAGUCUCUAUCCAUCAAUUGACAGUGUGAUUUUGAUGUGUGUUGUUCACGAUUACAGAGCAGAAAUCAUAAAUGCAUCUAAAAUAUUGAUAUUCAACCCAAUUUUUGGAUUCAGCCACGUCAAAUUUAUUAGUAAACUAGCUGAUAUUAUUGCUGAUCAUGCUCAUAAUGUGACAUUAUUCCAACCUUACCACAAUGCGAUGAAAAAUGUAGAAGGGUUAGUCAAAAACAAAAAUAUUGAGAUUCUGAACUAUUAUCCCACUCACUACGAUGAACUUUUGAAAAAAGAAACUCAAACAUUUUCAAUAUUCUGGGACUCUCAAUUAAUCGGAAACCCAGUACUUGGCGCAUUUAUGCUGCCUUUCGUUCUUGGAGGAGAGUUCAAAAAAACAUCAAUGGAGGUUCUCGGCGAUCAAAAUUUGAUCAAUGAUUUAAAAGAGAGGAGGUUUGAUGUGGUGAUGGCUGAGACAUUUGAGCUUACUGGAAUAUAUCUCGCUCAUCUUCUAGAUGUGCCGUGUAUUCCAAUGAUGUCAACAGUUCGUUAUCCAAUUUUCAAUGGAUUAUUUGGUCAGCCAUCAUUUCUUGGUACUGUCCCACAACAGGGUUCCCUUGGAGCCCCUGAAGCAGGUUUCUUGGAUAGACUCAAUGACAUGUAUCGCUUCAUAUUCAUGGGAAUUGCUCAAGAGAGAUUGAACAAAUAUCAGAACGACUUCAUUCAAGAUGCAAUUGGAAGACCAGUUCCAAACUGGAAAGACCUUGUGAGCCAGUCACCAAUUUAUAUCACAAACUCGAAUCCAUACCUGGAUUAUGCUGUUCCAACUACUGCUGCAAUAGUUCAUGUUGGUGGAAUCACAAUGAAUCUUGAGAAAAUGAAAAACACCGGAAAGCUGCCAGAAGAGUACGAAAAUAUUCUGAAGGAACGAGACUCUGUAGUUUUGCUUUCUUUUGGAUCAGUUAUCAAGUCGUAUGAAAUGCCUGAGAACUUCAAAGCUGGAAUCAUUCAAAUGUUUGAGUCUCUGCCUGAUGUCACAUUCAUUUGGAAAUACGAGAAAGAUGACGUGGAGUUCCAGAAGAGACUCCCAAAGAAUGUCCAUUUGAAGAAAUGGGUUCCCCAGCCUGCUCUUCUUGCUGAUAAACGAGUCAAAGUAUUUGUGACUCAUGGAGGAUUGGGAAGUAUAAUGGAAGUUGCAUACACUGGAAAGCCAGCAAUUGUCGUUCCGAUAUUCGGAGAUCAAAGCCACAACGCAAUGAUGCUAGCAAGGCAUGGAGGAGCAGUGGCUUUUGAUAAAUUUGACUUACGAUAUGGACAAAAAUUGGCAGGAGUUAUCACUGAAAUGAUUUCUAAUUCAAAAUACAAGGAAACUGCGAAAAUGUUGUUGGAAGUGUUAGUGAAUCAACCAAUCGACCCAAAGCUGAACUUUUUGAACCAUUUGGAUUUCGCUAUCAAGUUUCCGACUCUUCGUUCUCAAGUACCUGCAAUCCAGCAUGUCGGAUGGAUUGCUCAUUAUUAUCUAGAUGCUCUUGUUUUCCUUUUUAUUCUUGCAAUUGUUUUCUUAUAUCUAUCAUUCAAACUUCUUCAAAGGCUUUUGAACUGUUUCGUUGGGAAGAAACCAAAAAGUGAAUAG